CGAAAGGUUACUUCCGUUGUGCUUGUCCUUCCAGGAACACUGACGUAUUUUAAGUUCCACCUGCAAGAAUAUUUUCGCCAGUGACAGAAACGCUGAAGUGACAUUGUCGCACGUAUUUCAUGGUAAUGUGAUUAGGGUACAUUUAUUGGUGUUAUUUGAGUGACGCUCUGAAAAAGCUAUGGAAGACCCACCAGACCCAGCUGGUGAUUCCCAAAAGGAUACAGCAGGUAUCAAGGAUAAGGAGUCUGCUAGUAUCACACAGCAACAUCUUUCAGAUGACGAACAGCCUGAACAGUGCACUGUAGCUCCGACUGAAGAGUUCAGUCAAGGCCAGCUGGAUGAGUCGAAUGAGGAGAAAAGUUCCACCCUUCCGUCAGACCUCACUAAGGAUGGCCAAACAGAGGAUGAGAAGGAACCAAAAGACAGCGUACCACCAAUAGAGGGCGACACAAACCUCGAUCACAAAGAUGGCGCUAAAGAAAGCCCCCAGAAGGACUGUUUGCUCCCUAACAAUGAAAAAUGUGAUGAUCAACAAGAAUCCGUAAUUCCGAAUCCAGAGGAAGAAGAGGCCACACAAGUGCUGCAGGAAGACUCAAUGGAAGAGCGAGGAGAUGACCUGAGACCUAAAGUAGAAACAGUUGGCCCCACAAACCAAGAAACGCAUCAUUUAGACAGAGGAAGAAGAAUCCAGUUUGUCAUCAUCAGCGUAGUUUUGGUACUCGUCGCCACAUUGGUGCAGCGCCAUCUCGAGACGCCACCUCCCAACACAGGGCUUCCGAUCGAGAUCUUUCUCAGCCAGCUGAAAACUGUUGAGGCCCGCUUUCCCCACCAGCGUCCCGAGUUGUGGAGCCGAAGCCGAAUCCACCUGAAGAGACACCUGGCGACGGCUCGGCCCAGCGAGCCCGUCAGUCUAAUCCUGACAGCAGGCAUCGGGAGCAGCGGGACGCUACGUUGCCUAGCCCAUGACCUUGGCGCCGCUUUUUCCGCCGCCAUGAAUGGAUCGGUGCUGCAGAUUGACGGUGCGGGCAGAGCCGGAGAGGACAGCGACCAGGUAAAGCUGGACAUCGACGGCCAACUACAGGGGGCGUUCGAAGGAGACAAACCCGUGGCGGUGAUUCACCACUUCGAGCAGCUGCCCCCGGGCUCCACCCUUAUUUUCUACCGCUACUGCGACCACGAGAACGCCGCGUACAAGAAGACGUUCCUCAUCUUCACCGUGCUGCUGGAAGAAGAGGCGAUACCCGCCGAGAUUUCUUUAAACGCCGUGGAGGAGAUGGUGGACGACUACCUACAGAGGAAGUUCCUCUCACACGGUCGUCCUCUAGCCUAUGACCGGAUGGACCUGGACAAGUACGGCGGACUGUGGAGCCGCAUUUCUCAUCUCAUCCUUCCCGUUGCUGCAGAAGCUUCGACAGAGCACAAAGGCUGCUCGUGAACAUUCGGAUUACAUUGGGGAAUACAAUUUUUGAUGAGUUAGUUUUGAUUGCUUUUUUUUAACAAAUUUUUGGGUGUGGAAUCAAAAGUUGAUCUGUUUUUUUUUUAUUUAUGGGAUCCCCGAUUUCUGUAAAGAUAUGGAAAAUAACGUGCGCUUGCUUGUUUCUGCAUGACUGCAAUAUUUACCUAACCUUGUUUUUAUGAAGGAUAUGAUUGUUUGUGUACAAGCUAGUAGGUAAGCUAAUGAGAAAAUGACGGACUAGAAAUAAAAUAACUGCAAUUUUUCAAUCUUUAUGCCAAUUAUAGUUUGAAUCAGCAUAAAAGUCCAACCCAAUAGAUUUUUUUUCCAAUUGUUCCCCAGGGUUCUUUAUGCAUCUUUGGGGUGGUUGGUAGCCAUUCUGUCACAUUUGCUUGAAAAAAAAAAAACACAAAUGAACUCCCGCACAGCUCCGUCAAUGUUGACCAAUCCUAAUUUAGGCACAGUUCCAAAUUAUAUUCCGUGUAUAAUUAAUCCGAAUUCUGUUUCAUUUUUGGGGAGAAUUUUGACAUUAAGACCAAAAAACAUCUGAAUUUAAUCAAUCUGAAAGCUUACUUCCCAGCUGUGUUAAAGUACGAAAGUAUGACCAAUUCCAGGGUGGAUGUGGGUUAUGUGUGGAUGUCUUGUGUUUCUGUAAAAUGUAAAAAGAAUUUAUAAGAUGAUUUAAAAAGCAAGCGUUUAUAACUAUCAAAAGGAAUUCUUGUAAAAAUUAAGAUGCAUUUUUUUUUUUUUUUUAACCAUCCCUGUUCCUAUUAAUAACAAAAGUAAACCAUGUAAUAGCUCUGUGCAGGAUCACAUCAGUUUAAAAAAAAAUAUAUUGCAUCAAUCUGAACUCAUGAGCUUCUAUUGACAGCAAUAGACAUGCAGUCCAGUGUGAGUCAAACUGGAUUGGAGGUCCAAUGGCUGUGCACCAUGAUCUCUCAAUACCAGCCAUCACAGUUGAAAUAGAUUUGUCAUUUUGAAUGUCAGUAAAUGAGUUAAAAUCUAUUCUGAUUUUAUCCGGGUCGUUUUUUUUUUUUUUUCCUGUGAUUGCUCCCUGCAUUGCAAUACACAAAACUUGGACAAUUCUCAGUCCGCCUCUGGCACUACUUAACGUGUUGCCUUAAACUAUGUCAUACAAAAUUGUACUGUACAACCUCAUUGUACAUGUGCCUUCAAUAAAAUGAAUA